CUCUAAUCUACCUAAGUGCUUACUUGCUCUAGAAUACCAAGGUCCAGUCACCUAUCCACCGGAAUACUACCGACUGUGCUCCCUGGUACAUGGUAGCAUGUAUCUACAUACUCGAGAUUGGAGUAGGUAUGCACCUUCCAGUACCAUCCACCAUCCACCAUUCACCAUGCUCCAUCCUCCAUCCGCUAUCCACUCCGGACUCGGCAUCCUGUCACCACGGCACGCUCAACUCGUGCGCAUGCGGCUGAAGAUAAUGGUCUGCCACGAUGAGACUGCACAGCCUCCAUGCUACGCAGGAAUGGAUGGUAUGCAGCUUUGUAGGUGGGGUCGUCGGCGCUUGCUUCCUCCUUCUUAAUCUCUCCACCCCCUCCACCCCGCAGCCGCCCGCCUCGGACUUGCACUCUCUUUGAAAAUAUAUCGACUGCCAUCCGAUGAAGAGCAUACCGACAUUCGUGCGCGCCGCCGUGGCCCUCGUCGCCGCCGCCGCCUUGCUCCCACAUGUUUCCGCUCAGGGUUCCUCGGAUCCCUGCACCGAUGCCUCGGUGGAGAUCGAAAGGAGCAUGCUCAGGCGCAGAAACUUUGAGUUGCCAGCCUCGGUGGCCGUUGCGUGCAUGAAAACCUUCACCUUGAGCCCCGACCGCCAGCUCAACCUCACCAGGCAUGUGCGUAAGUAUAUGGACUUCUACUCGGCUGGCACCUACUUCCAGCACAAUGUCUGCCCCGAGCUCGACUUGCCCACCGUAAACAUCAACGCCACCUUCGACCGCAUCGAGAAGGAUAUACAAGCCGGAAAACUCACCACGUACGAUGUCAACAGGCAACUCUUCGAGUUGUUUGGCUCCGUCAAGGAUGGCCAUGUCCAGUUCUUGCCAACAUGUGUGGCUGGCGCCUUCGUUUUCAUACACGACUACCCGUUAAUGCAGUUCGCCGCCACUCCCGACUCGAUUCCGGAAACCUAUCACGCGAUAUUCCGUAGUGCCUCGCAACCUCCUACAGUCGGCCAGAAAGUCGUCAAGAUUAACGGCAUCGACCCCGUUACCUAUCUCACCGAUCUAGCCAAAAACCAUCCCGAGAGUGCUUGGAUCGACCCCGACGCCAGGUUCAACGAAUUGUUGAUAAACAUGCGACGGAGCCAGUGGCAGAACGGUCACUUUGCGCAGCGACAAUCGUACGAGGAGAAUCCCAUCUCGAUCGAGUUCGCCAACGGCACCACCGUGCAGGUCGAAUGGAAGGCGAGGUACCUGAACGGUCGCAGGGACGCCACUGAGGUGCCCCUGCCUUUCACCGAUUCCGACACUUUUGGCGCCUAUGUCUGUACUCGCACCGACCAGGAGCUCAUCGCCGAUCUCGGAGCCUUGCUGUCAGGAUCCGUCGACGGUCGCGGCCCGGAGGAUGCGCCACCGAUCGGCCGUGACUCGGACGAUGGCAACGGCAGUAUCCGGGCGCCCUUAUAUCCCCGGCAAAAUUCGCAACCGACCUGGUUUUCCGAGAAUAUCAUUUUCGGCACCGACGAUGGCGAAAUCUCCUACUACGAACUCGACAACCGGACCGCGGUGUUGACGUUGACCGCUUUUACCGAGAUACCCGGCUCGGUCAGUUCUAAUCAGUUUCAGUCGAGAUUCUCGGAAGCUGCCGCAAGCAUGAUUGCGAUGGCGAAAAAGAACGGCAUCACGCGGUUGCUGAUCGACAUCACCUCCAAUGGUGGAGGUUAUACUUCGCUCGGCUUCAAUUUGGCUCGUCAACUGUUUCCCCAGAACAGCAAGAUCUUCUUUGGAAACAACAUGCGCUGGCACCCCCUCCUCGACAAGGUGUUCACCGAGGGCGAUCAGGACUACCUACUGACAACCUACUUCGCUCUGGGCCAAUUGCACACACCCGAGGGCGGCGACUGGAAGGAUUGGCGCGACAUGUUGGGACCCGUGCACCGGGAUGAUGAUCUUUUCACUAAGAUUUCAAUUCCAGACGAGUCGCAGAUCGUCCAAGAUACCGGUAACGUCAUAUUUCAAGGUUUCUCACAGAAACAACCUUUCGAAGUCGACAAUGUUAUUCUGAUCACCUCUGGCCUUUGCGGAUCGACGUGUGCACUCUUUGCCGAAGCGUUGCAAGCCGUCGGCGUCAAGGUCGUCACCGUCGGGGGCAGGCCCAAUGUCGGCCCCAUGCAAGGUAUUGGCGGCGUCAAAGGCUCGCAAGUCCUCACUUUCGAUGAAAUCGCCCUGUUGACCUAUAACAUUGCGAGGCCCAUCAUACGGAAGGACCCCUCUUUCGAGGCGCAACUUCCGUAUCCAUUGAAUCUUCGCACGGAAGGCGCAGGAAUCAACUUCCGCAACUCCUGGCGCAGAGAUGACGGCCAGUACCUGCCCAUCGAGUUCCUGUAUACCCCAGCAGAUUACCGCAUGUUCUACACCAGAGACAUGUUCCGCCAGGCGUCGGCCAUCCACGAGGCUGCGCGUGAUAUCGCGUGGGGCGGCGCUAAGGAGAUGAGUGGCGGAGCCUACACUCCCGUUAUGGGCUUCGACGGCUCAAAAUUCAAGUGGCCGAAGGGAAGCGGGUCGACCGGCGCAAAGGGUAAUGGCACUAGCGGCGGAGCCGCGCACUGGGCUAGUCUGGCCCUGGGAGACCUCAUCUGGGAGAAGAUGAAUAAGCACGUGUAGAUAAUUGUUCAUGUCGGAUUCUGGCGUUUGGGACUCGGGAGAGUUUGCUCGGUUGUUGUUUUUUUCCUUUUCUUUUUUGGCGCGGAAGACUCGGAGGAGGAGGAGGAGGAGGU